AUGGAAGUCUCAAAACCCGACGCGCCCACGGCAGAUUCUAACCUCGAAGCCCUGGGUUAUACAGCUGAACUGUCCCGCAACCGAUCAACAUGGCAGGUCGUGUUCAUGUGCUUCAUUCUGGCCUCAGUACCAUAUGGUCUGUCCACCACCAUGUCAUAUGCCUUGAUUGGUGGUGGCUCGGCCAAUAUGAUCUGGGGUUGGAUCGUGGUUUCAUUGAUCAUGAUGUGUGUAGGCGUGUCUCUAGCGGAAAUCACCUCGGUAUAUCCCACUGCGGGUGGUGUCUAUUACCAAACUUUUGCCCUCGCACCCGCCUGGUGCCGUCGCUCCGCGGCCUGGGUGUGUGGUUGGUCGUUUGUCGCUGGUAAUAUCACCAUCACCCUGGCUGUGAACUUUGCGACCGCGCUGUUCUUCAUUGAAUGUUUGAAUGUCUUCAAAGAUUCAGCCGGUGAUGGCAUUGCAGCCGGUCUGGGAACCUGGCAAACGUAUCUCAUUUUCGUUGCUAUCACUCUGUUCUGCCACGCUAUUCCCACGUUCGGAAAUAGGUGGCUCACUCAUAUCGAGACCUUUGCAAUCUUCUGGACUAUCGUGGGUGUAGCUGCGAUUCUGAUCACCAUUUUGGUUGUUGCGCACAGUGGACGCCGAUCUGCGGAAUUCGUCUUCACCGCGUUUGAGCCUCAGUCCAAUUGGCCAGAUGGGUGGUCAUUCUGUAUCGGUUUGCUCCAGGCUGCAUAUGGUCUUUCGGCUACUGGCAUGGUCACCUCCAUGUGCGAAGAGGUCCGUCAACCCGCCAUCCAGGUCCCCCGCGCUAUCGUCGGUGGUGUUGCUCUCAACGCCCUCGCCGGUUUCAUUUUCCUCAUUCCCAUCGCAUUUGUGCUUCCGGAUGUUUCCAUGCUCGCAGCUCUCGCCUCGGGCCAGCCUGUUCCGACCAUUGUGUUGUCUGCGACGGGCAACUCCGCAGGUGCAUUCUGUCUUUUGAUUCCAUUGAUUGUCCUUGGACUCAUUUGUGGAAUUGGAUGUGUCACUGCUACAUCUCGGAUCACUUGGGCGUUCGCUCGUGACGGUGCCAUUCCCGGCUCGGGAUGGUGGAAAAGCGUGAACGACCGUUUCCAAGUCCCUCUGAACUCGUUGCUGUUGGGCAUGGGUAUUGAAUUGAUUCUUGGAUUGAUCUACUUCGGUUCAAGUGCUGCUUUCAAUGCGUUCUCCGGUGUCGGUGUCAUUUUCCUCACCCUGAGCUAUGCCUGCCCCGUUGCCGUCUCUUUGAUUCUCCGUAAACGUCAGGACCUGAAGCGUGGUUCUUACAAUCUUGGAGCUCUUGGCGCUUUCUGCAACGUGGUUUGCAUUGCUUGGUGCCUUCUCGCUAUCCCACUUUUCUCCAUGCCCACGAGUCUUCCCGUUAGCAAGGACACAAUGAACUAUGCGUGCGUUGUGUUUGUCGGUUUCGUGGUCAUCUCAGGUGUCUGGUAUGCUGCUUGGGGUAAGAAGAACUACAUCGGUCCUGCUCUCGAAGAGAUUGAUGGUCAGUCCGACUCCCAAGCCGGUGACCACUCCGACAUCGACAUUGCCUUGCACAAGUGA